AGAAGCUAACUACUCCACUUUGGUAUGUCUAUAAGAUAUGAUACUUAGUAAACCGGAGAAUGCACUUGAAAAUAACUAAAAAAAAAUAAACAUGAAAUUCGCCAAAAUCCAAAAGAGGAUGAUCACAAUCAUUCUUCUCUGCCUUUUGGUUACAUCAUCUUCAGAGACUGCUCCACAAACCCAAUUGGCCGCACCACUAGAACCAACAGGAGAAGUCACCAAUUCACCAACAAAGCCACUAGGUUUUCCAGCUGAGAACCAGAACCAACCAAUUCUUGGUCAACCAUCUUCUGCUUCUUCUGUAAACCAGCCUUUAACCGGAUUUAAUCAGCCAUCAUCAACUGGACUCAACCAACCGAUUCUUGGUCAACCAUCUUCUUCUUCUUUAAACCAGCCUUUAACCGGGUUUAAUCAGCCAUCAUCAACUGGAUUUAACCAACCAAUUUCUUCUUCAUCUUCUAAUUCUGCUCUCAACCAGCCAUUUGGGAAUCGAAUCAACCAAAACAGUCUCUCCGGAAGCAACGUUCCAUUUCUUAAUGGAAACUCGAAGCUGGAAGUUCCCAUUACAAAGUUUGUCUUCAUCUGGAUUGCUCUUCUCCUUGCUUUGCACGGUACAGACAGGAACUGAACCAAUCUUAUACACCAUGUGGGACUUCUGUAUAAAAUUUGGUUUUCAUGAUAUUUGUUCUAUAACUUGUCCUUUUUGCUCAUUUUGGAUUCUACUGAAAUGUUUGUUCUAUAAGAGUGAGUAGUGUGUUAUAUGUACAUUACUACUGAAUGUUUUUUUACUUUUUUGUUAUUUGAUCAGUGUUCGGUUUCAUGUCCAGGUGUGGUUCACUUUGAUUUGGUUUUCCGUUUUCUAGCAUAUGGUAUUAUGGAGUAAAUGAAGAAAACUGAAACCAACAUAUGAUCCACUUUAAACUUCAACUCAAAUUAAAUAUGAUCACAUUUUUAAAACUUUAAAUUAAGACGAGUGGGUCUUCUCAACUUGUAUAAAAAUGUACCUUUUAUUUCUAACUAUUAAAGUAAAAUGUUCAUUUAAAACUCAUACAGUGAUGCUUAAGCUUUACCUUGCCAAUAAAAUUAUCUCAUCUAGAGAGAAGGAGAACAUUUUUUUUUUUUAUCAACAGAGAGAAGGAGAAGAUUAAACCCGAGGUAUAACGUUUUAGAGUAGCUAAUCGGUCAUUCGCUUUUAUUUUUUUGGUAUAGUGAUGUUUUCCGAAUUUCAAACACCCUCGUUGUUGAAUCCAACACUUCAUUGAAUGGUCUUAGAGCAUCUUUAGUGGUGAGAAUCGUAAAAGUUUCUCAUAAGAAAAAAUAAAAUAAUAAUUGAAUUAUAAAGUACGUAAAAAACGUUUAAACCAUCGAGUAUAUGACAACUUUAAUGCAGUCUCUUCUCUCCCUGAGAAAGUACCUUUUAAAGAAACGUUUUUUUGUCUCUUUCCUCCAUCUGUGCACUCUCUCUCUCUUCACUUACCUUAUUUUAUUGAUUUUUAUUAACCGAAAAUCAACACGAGAGCUUCCCAACAGUAGAUAUUUUGUUACUAGUUUUAGAAAAAUGUUUUUGUUUCAAAAUGUAACUAGUUUUCGUAUUUCUAGGUAACUUUUACAUUUAUUGAAUAUAGUGUGACCAAUCAAAUUAAAUAGACUUAUUUUUUAUUGAUUAAAUUAUAUCUAACCUAUUUAUUAUAAAAUACUUUUUAAAAACAUAAUAAUUUUCUUAAUCUUCGUGCUUUUAUCCAAAACUACUUAUAUUAUAAAACGGAUGGAGUAUUAAUUAAAGAAAAUGAAAAAGAAAGUUAAAUAGGUGAGAGAGGUAAAAGUUUCUAAACUAACAAGUUUUUAGGAACCGUUAAUAUAUUAUGGUGACAUAUGCUUGUGUGUAAUUGGUCUAGAUUUAACAUGACUGUUAAAUUUUAGUUAGAUAAUCAUUUAUGUAUUAUUUGAGAAACAUUACAACAUUGUUUUGUAUUCACGUGUCACCAUGAGAAUGAAACUCAGA